AAACAUAUAAAAGGCACGAAGCACAUCAUUCCAAAAAAAAAAAAUCUACAAUUUUCGCCGCGGCGCGUGGACUAUUUAUUUUUUUUUAAUUAUACUGACACCGCGCUUUGUUUUCUUCGCCCAAAACAACAAACAAACACACGCCGUAAGAAUAUGUAUCGCGAAACGUCGAAAACGAGAAAAACGCUGUGAUAGAUACAACAAACUCGCCUUUGAAGUGUGUUUAUGCUGCGGCGACGCCACGAUUUUGUGUUUGUUUGUUCGCUGCCGCUGCUGGCCAACUUACGUGAUACGGGCGGAGGUGAAAAUUAUCUUCAUUUCCCAACUCGCUUUUCCAUUUUCCACUGUUUGAUUUGUUUACUGGCCGCAAAGAGAGCGGAAAAUGACCGAAAGAGAGGAAAAGUGAAAAUCUGUGUGGUGUGUCUUCGGCGACGAAGCGAAACGCAGCGCAACGCAACGCGCGGCGAAGUCUGAAGAAGCGAGCGAAAAGAAUGUUGUGCGCCUGAAAAGGGGAGAUCGCGACGGAUGCAGUGGAGUAAACGAGAUCGGGAACGAGGCCGAGACAAGGCGAGAACUAGAAACCCUGAGAAGCUGCUUUGCAGCCUGGCUGCCAUGAUGGCUAUCGACCGCCAGAAGAUGCUGCUGCUACCCCUCCUGCUCCUCCUCCUGCUGGCUGCUACCGCGGUCAGUGGUGAGGACGCCGCCCGGCCACCGCCACCGCCGCGGGUGAAGCUCAACAAAUGCUGCCACACGGGUGAAUUCCUCAACGAGACAACGCGCGCCUGCAGUGCCGGCAGCUCGGAACUGUGGGUGCCCAUGGUGUAUCUGGUGCAGCAGCAGCGAUUCUUCGAUCCGCCCGGCGGCAGUCCCCGCUUCAUGAAGUUCCUGCCCAACAGCCGUCCCGCCUGCCCGGAGCGUCGUCAGGAGCUCUUCCGCAGCCGCAACGGCAACGUGAUGCUCUUCCCCAACGGCAGCUUGUAUGUCAGGGAGCGUGCCCUCUUCGUGGAUCCGGCCCAGUAUUGCGUGGACCUGGAGGUGGCCCUCGUUUGCCUUGGCCAGGACAACGGGCAGACAGCCGACGCUUUGGAGGAGCCAGGCGUGGGCCUGGCGGCUGCUGCUACUGCUGCUCUUCCCGAUCUCCGGCUACGCAAGUGCUGCGGCAAGUUCGGGAGCUACGAUACCCAGCUGAAGAAUUGCAACCUCCAGCCCGGCCUCAAGAUGGACGGGCAGCUCCGGCUGGCACCACAACUGCCCCUGGGCAGCUACAGGACCUCGUACGGCCUGCCAGAGUGCUCGGAGCACGGCGGCAGCAUCGGCGGCUAUGCCAUCGCCGGCGACUGGCAGGAGGCAAAGCUGGACCGCUCCAGCGGAAGCCUUCGACUGCCGCACACAAAUCUCAGCGCCGAGCAGUACUGCCUGGAGCACACGCAGCGCGAGGGCGAGGUGAAGAUCAUCGCCUGCCAGCAUCUGUUUACGCACGAGGAUGGGAGCCAGGAGCCGGGAUCGCACGAGUCGCUGGGUGAGCACAAUCUACAGAAGGCCGUGCUAACCGGCGGCAUACUGGUGUCCAUUGUCUUCCUGGCCGCCACUCUGGUGGCCGGAUUUUUGCUGCCGGCGGUGCACCAUGCUCUGCACUGGCGCUGCCAGAUCUGCUACGUCUUCUGCCUGCUGGUGGGCAAGGUGCUGCUGGCCAUCGAGGAGCUGAGCUCCGACCUGCAGUCACGUCCCAUGGCCUGCCUGGUGGUGGCCAUCGGCAUGCAGUUCUUCUUCCUGGCCGCCUUCUUCUGGCUAAACACAAUGUGCUUCAAUAUUUGGUGGACAUUCCGGGAUCUACGGCCCACCUUGCUGGAGCGUAACCAGGAGGCGCUCCGGUUAUGCCUGUACGCGCUGUACGCCUUCGGGGGACCGCUGCUCAUCACCUUUGUGGCCGCCUGCAUUGACCAGAUGCCGGAGACAACGCUGCUGCGGCCGGGAUUCGGGCAGCUCUACUGUUGGUUCGACAACCGGAAUCUCUCCAUCUUCGCCUACUUCUACGGGCCCAUCGGGCUGCUGCUGUGCGCAAACAUCGCCCUCUUUGUGUCCACCACGCAUCAGUUGACCUGUGGCCUCUGGAAGCGAGAUGAUGCCAAGACAUCCACGGAGAAAUCAGCGCUGGGACGCGUAUGCCUGAAGCUGGUGGUCGUCAUGGGCCUCACCUGGAUUGCGGAAAUCCUCUCCUGGGUGGUGGGUGGACCCCAUGGCGCCUGGUUCUUUACGGACCUCAUCAAUGCCCUGCAGGGCGUGUUCAUCUUCAUUGUGGUGGGCUGCCAGCCGCAGGUUUACACCGCCUGCCGGAGAAUCUGCUGUCCGCGGCUGCGCCACGACAUCACCAACACUACCAACGGUGUCCAGCACUCGAGCAGCUCCCAGGGCUUGCCCUGCUCGAUGGCCGGCGGCGGCACAGAGGUCACACAGAACACCAGCAUGCAGUGCACCAUAGUGCCCAGCAGUCCUGGUGCGGACAGUGGCCUGGCAGAGGACUCGCCACCGCUGCCGGAGACGGGCAUGUUGCCGGUUGCCACCACCACAGUUCCCGUUGUCGCCGCCAAAAUGGAGACUGUUUGCUGAACCAACAAAUAAAACCGAGACGAGCGACAAUGCGAAAGUGAGCCCGGAACCCGCCCAAAUUCCCCCUCCCGGAACCCGUCCAGGCCCCAAGUCAGCGUACCUCCCUCCCUUCCGAACGAAAAUAAUGGCAAUACGGAGACUGGACAACAAAAGCCGCAAAAGCCGGAGUUUUUCGAGACGAGUUGAGGGCAGCAGCGACGGCGCACACUUGCGCAAUAGCAACAACAAAGGCAAGCAGCAGCAUUCAAGCACGCGCACUGACCAGCUAAUUGUGUGCGUUUGUAUCUGUGUGUGUGUGUGAGCAAGCGUGAUUUUGAAAUCGGCCAACAACCGCUGCUUUGGAACAAAAGUACUUGCACAUACUGGUAUUCAGCUUCAAUUUAAGCCUCGGCACAAAAGAAACGUAUUUUAUGCAUCGCAGUAAACACAGAAGAAGCAGUACAAAAAGGCGGCGGAAUAACGGUAGCGGAGAGCAAGCAGCAGCUGUCCGUCAGGUCAGUUUAACACGUUCUAAUUGGACAGUCGGUCAGUGUUGCGAAAUGACUGUGGCCAAACAGGAAUUCAAAAACAAAGCAAAACUAUUGUUACUACUCUUUUCUUGCUCUCUUUUAUCCAAAGCAGCAGCUGCAGUGUGCAUGUAUUUGUGUGUGUGUGAGGCAACCACAAGGAAUUUAUUGUUGAGGCACUUUUGUUGUUUUUGCUGCUUAGCUGCUCCGCUUUUUUUGUAGCCUCGAAUCUCAAGUGUGAGAAAAACAGCAGAAGCAGCAGCAGUAGCAGCAGCCAUGAGCAGAACAAACAAACACAUAUGCAAAUGAUGUGGAUGUUUAACAUUUAAAUUAGUUGGAAUCUGAUUUGGAUUUUCGAUUCCCGAUUCCCUCCCAUUGACGACUGCUUGGCUUGCAUUCUAUUUAUUCUCCAACUGCAGCCGUUGAUGUGUGAGUGUGUGUGUGACAUUUUGAUUGCCUAAUCAUUUUUUUUUCUUUCUUUUUUACGAUCUUCUGAGUGGAUUUUUGUUUUUUGAAACUAUUUUAAUGUGUGUGUUUGUGCGGCGGAAUCUUUUUCAAUUUAAACACAAUUCUUUGUGUUUUUUACCGUUUGUUUUUUUUUGCUGCAAAGAGUAAACAAUCGGAAUUUAUUUACUGGAAGGCAUAAACACACCGAAAAGGUGUGUGUUUUUCUUUUAUAUUUCACCCGAAAGGGCGCCCCAAAAGAGUUAAUUGUAAACACACGCACACAAACACGGAAACAAUCAAAUUGAUCAUCGAAAGUUCAACGAUACUGAUCGAUCGAUCAAGGUUAAAAUGGUAAAAAGCAGCAAAAAAAAAAAAGGAAAAAAUAAGUGAAAAAGGAAAGCGAGCUUAAUUCAACGGCGAAUGAGGCAACAGCAAAAUCACACUCGCACACACACCACGCACAGGGUAGAUAUCCCAACUUGGGCGCCAGAUUCAAACUGUAUUCACAAAAACCCCACCUUUUUCUUUUACAUUUUUUUUUCAUCGUAACCCUCAACCGUUGUGUAUUUGAUGUUUUUUUUUAGUUAUUGAAAACGCAGAAACUACUAUGCAGUACAAUUAUGAUUUCUCAUUAUUUUUAUUCAUACGAAACCUAGUUUUUUUUUUUUUUUUUUUUAUUUUAGUGUUGUUUUGUAACUAAAAGUAGUCUUAAUUUAUUGAGACGUAGCACUUGGUGUAAGCGAGUGCAACGCACAUUGUAUUAUUUAGUGGAACUUCCAAAGUGGUCAGGCCAAAAGUAACUAUCCCCAUAAACCUAUGUUUAAUUGUAAAUAAUUAACAAUGAAUUAACGAGAAAAUAUGCUCUUAUUUGUAAUGCGAAAGGCAACGAAUCGAAUAUGAAAUUAUAUCGAAUGACUGAGUUCAAAGGCAGCGAAUACUUUACACUUGCAACUAGAUCAUAUUUUUGAUACUAAUACUAUUAUUGACUUUUGUACAUAAGAACCAGCGUAUUGUAUUGGCUUAAACAUUUUAUAUAUAUACACACUUUUAUAUGUGAAAAUCCUUGGAUUCUCGAAUAUUGUAACCCAAACAUCGAAUGAUUAUCUUAUUUAGACCGUAAGUUUUAGCUUGUAGAUCGAUGCUAAGUCCUUUACGAGAUAUAGAACCAAACUCUGUUGUGUUAACUAAGAACUAAAAACUUAAAACGAACUAAAACAAGUCUCUCUCGGCCACUUAGUCAGUCCACUGAAAGCGAAUUUCAAGCGAUUUUCCAUCGAGAAGCAAGAGUAUUUUAACGAUAAUUACCAUAUAAUGUAUGGGGCAUUGGCAUUCAUAAGGAAUAUAUCAAUAAUUCGCUUUCGGAGGCGUGCGCUCCCCAUUCCCCUCCCUCGCAGUUAAUUUAUGGCACGGCCAACAGCAGCGAGAGAGGGAGCAUUUUUAUAGAUAAACAUGCGGAACAAAAUUGUCUGAAAUGGCAAUUAAAUGAAACCGAAACUGAAAACUGAACUGAAAAGGAACGGCAGAACUUGGCAUGAAUAUGUGCAGCUACAACCAUACAUAUUAUAGAGCAAUAUUGAAUAGAUAUAGACACAAUAACACACCCGCAAUAGUAUACACAAGUCCGAAUGAUGAUGGCAAUUGUCAUUGGGCAAACACAAGCAAGCCAGCAACCACUAAACUAUUUAUAUUUAACGAACAAUAAAGCUUUUUGGCAAAUACAAUAUCAAUGAAACUAAACAAA